AUAAUAUUUCAAAAUUUUGAUUAGCUUAUCUUCUCUUAUCACAUAAGUAGAAUACUAUCUAAUCGAAUUCAUUUAUGGAUUUCAAUCUACUAAAUAGUUUAUUUAGGAGCUAAUCAUACAUGCUUUGUAGUCAGUUGACGUUGAACUCGAAAUGGAAAGCACUGAAUCUUCGCCUGUGGUGCAAACCACGCAUGGCCAGGUCCGUGGAGCACUGUUGACCACGCUCUACGAUGACCUCUACUACUGCUUCGAUGGCAUACCCUACGCUGAGCCACCACUGGGUGAGCUACGCUUCAGAGAGCCACAGCAUGCGAAGCCCUGGCAAGGCAUUCUUGACUGCACUGUUCCGAAGGAGAAGUGUUUCCAAGUAGGAAGCAUUUCACAGCAAAUUGAGGGCAGCGAGGAUUGCCUGUAUCUGAAUAUAGCCGCGAAAAGUUUAAGAAGCGAAAGGCCUUUACCUGUAAUGGUCUAUGUACAUGGAGGCAUGUUUAGGACCGGAGACCCAACCCGGCGCAGCCUUGGACCUGACUAUCUAAUGCGCGAGCAGGUGAUUUAUGUAAGCAUUGGCUAUCGCCUGGGUCCAUUUGGCUUCUUAAGCUUCGCUGAUCCGUCUUUGCGCAUACCCGGCAAUGCUGGGGUAAAGGAUAUUAUUCUAGCCCUGAAGUGGAUCAAGGCAAACGUGGCUAGCUUCAAUGGGGAUGCGAACAACAUAACGCUCUUCGGGCACAGCUCGGGCAGUGCUAUAGUGCACUUGCUGACGAUGAGUCCCCAGGCAGAAGGCCUAUUCAACAAGGCCAUACUGAUGGCUGGGCAUCAGCUCGAAAUACAUAAUGAUCCCGACGUAGAGUAUAAGUUGGCGAAGCAUUUGGGCUAUGAGGGCGAGAAUAACGAUAUUGACGUAUUCAAGUUCAUAAAUGCCACGGAUCCUGAGCUGUUGAUUCGGUCAGAUUAUCGGUCGCUAUAUGAGCGAAUGCAGGGUCCCAUACUCUUUUUACCACGUGUAGAGUAUUAUGCCACUCCCAGUGCUGUGGUACUCGAGCAGCCGCGUGCUCUGCAGGGCAGUGCUUGGGGCAAUCGUCUGCCCUUCAUGAUGGGCUGCACCAGCAGCGAGGGUCUGUCCCAGGCCAUGUUUAUUGUUAAAAAGGAUCCUGAAGUGCUGAAGCUGCAUAGGGAUCACCCAGAGUUCCUGUUGCCGACCUACAUACGGCAUGGCUGUGCCACCGACCUUGCUCGCCACCUUGGCGGAAUGCUGGUCAAGAAGUUCUGUGGCGUGAGUGUCACGUAUGUGAACAAGUGGCAUUUCCAGUCGAUCGCUGAUCUCUUCACCCACCACAUGCUGCACUAUCAGGACCGAUUGCUCAAGGCGCGACUGAAAUAUAGCCAGGCUGCCAAUUACCUCUAUCGCUUCGACGUUGAUUCCCCUGACUUUAAUUUUUAUCGGGUGCGCUAUCUCGGAAAGGAUAGCCAUGGCGCUGUCCACGCUGAUGAACUGGGCUAUAUUUUUAAGCUGCCUGCUGCAUUCAAACUAGAGAAGACUCGACCGGAGUACUCGAUCAUCUGCCGUUUUGUAGCUCUGUUUACGGAGUUUGCUCGCAGCUCCAAUCCAAAUGGACCGCUCACCAAGCAGCUGGUGGACUGGCAGCCCGUAACUAAAGAUGAGCCGACAAUGUGCCUCAACAUAAAUGAGGAACUCAAGUUUAUCACACAGCCGGAGUCUUGGAAAUUGAAAUUCUACGAGCAGUUAGUCUUGAGUGCCGAAAUGGAACUGAUUUAAUGAAAGUUGAAGCUUUCGUAAGGUAAGAUAAGAUAUAA